AAAAAAGUCGGUGGUUUGACAGUUGACAGGGACUUUUGGUGACAUUUGGUGUUAUAUUUUUUUAUUUUGCAUUUUAUUUAUUUUCUAAAACUUUUUAUGGUUUUAAUCUUCUGGAAUUAUAUUCUAUAUUUCAUAUUAAAAAAAUCGAAAAACUUAAUUUAUAACAAAAUUCAUGAAGUUGAUUGUGUGCUAAUUAGGUACUUUUACCACAUCUUAUCUCUUGCUGAGCUCUUUUGUUUGAAUUGAUAUUUUUAUACGAUGGCUAGUGUUACUUCCCGUUUUCUGGACUUGAUUCGUCGGAAUCUUAAAACGGAUGCGGUGCCAAGGCCUCCCCGCCUCGAUUCAGACCAAAACAAUGAGGCCCCUGGAGAGAGUUAUAGUCCCAAUCAAAACACGGACCCUGCUUCCGAGGAGAGUGAAGAAAUCUUGAUUGAAGACAAUGAUGAAAAUUCGAAAUCGAAGUAUGAUGAACCAAAAGUAAAAGGAACUUACUUCAAAAGUAAGAAAAGAAAGAACUUCAGGGGUUCUGAACCCAAAAUUGAGAAUAUUGAUCCCAAUGAACAAGUACAAGUUAACACUCAAGCAGGUGGACAUGUCAUCAAUAUUGUCAACACUGUAGGAACACAUUGGGGCAACAACUAUGUGUAUCACUUGAGCUCUAAGAAAAAUGACAAGACUAUUGAUGCCGACUCAGACGAUGAGGUGAUACAAAAGGAUGAUCUCAUAACACUCUUAUUGGAAGCCGAAGAAGAGGUGGACCAUGAAUACAUUGACUUCAUAUCCAAGAACUUGGGAAGGAAAUGGAGGAGCUUUUUCAUAAGUAUAGGUUUCACAAGAGGUCGAAUAGAAACUGUUGAGUAUGACGAAAUGAAAAAUGGAGUUUCUGAGGUGCGUUACAAGCUGCUAUUGGACUAUAUUAGAAAUGCUGAUGAUCCCUCGCUAGGGAACCUUGCAACCUGUCUGUGGGACGAGGGAGAGAGGGAGGUCGUCAAAGGACUUUCCAUCAUUUACAAAAAGAACAAAAAGAAAUUAUAAGAUUAUUGAGAAUUUGUGAUAUAUAUCACAAUAACUUUUGAGUAAAUACUAUUAUUAAUUUUCUAUUUUUAUAUCAUAUAUUUUUAUGUACCAUUAGAUUAGUCUUUAUAUCAAUGUGAUAUGAUUUAGUUAACAUUUAUAGGGUAAAACUAGGCUAUUAUGUUUUUCUAUUCAAUUCAAUACAGUUUUUAUUUAAAUUAGUUGCAUUUUAGUUAACAAUUUCACUAGGUAUGAUGCAAUGUAAAACUUGUCAAAAUGUUAGAAUUUACGUGUAACAAAUUUAAUAAGUUGGUGCUAAUCCGUAUAUUUAAUUAUAAGUGUUUUUUUUUACUGUUUAUAUUUAUAAACAUGUAUUUAUAUGAAUGUACUUAUCUUUAAAAUAAUAACUUCUACAAUGUACUUUCUAUGUAACUUUCAACAAUUGUUUAUUUUUUUUAUUGUGAAGUUAUUAUUGUCCUAUGGCCAUAGAAAGACUUUACUUGUUGCGGAGUCAUAUUCAUAUUCACAGACAAAAUAUUUUCUUUUAGUUUUAGUCUCUUUUAGUAGCAUAUAUAUACUUAUAAAUCAUGAUUCAGUUGAAUUCAUACUUGCAUCACACUCACACAAAUUAUGUAUUACAAACAAUAAUCAAUAUUUUGUGUUUGUGAUAUUUAUUUUUAUAUGUAACUUGUUGUAGAUUUUGAAUACAUAACUAGUCAUAAGGAAUUCAAGAUUUUAUAAUUAUCAUUCCAAAAUAAGAUGAAAUUAUUAUAAGAAGUAUUUGAAUAAAUAAUUUUAAUAUUUUA